AGCAGACCAUCUCCACUUCUACAGAGACCGACAACGUCAAGACAUUUUGUGCACAUCAUGUCACUUCAACUCGACCAAACUCAGCCCUGGGAACUCCAACGCGGCCGUUUUUCUAUUGACAGCUCAAACUUGCACGAGUCUGACCCACCUAAAUAUGUGGCUUUGGAUGUCCCAAAGCCGAGGGGACCUUCAGAUGAAGAAACAAAAGCUGCAGGUCUCUCAGUAUUGAGUGUUGACAUGCGUGCAACUGAGAACAAAAAAGACCACAACACAGACAAGUACAAGUGUUCCACCCUCAUCGUGCGCAGGAAUAAAGAGUUCACCAUCAUCAUCAAACUUGACCGGGCCUUCAAUGCAGAGCAGGACGAUGUACAGUUGGAAUUCCUGAUUGGCAGUUCACCUAAUGAAAAAAAGGGCACAUACAUUACUGUGUCUAUCGGAAAAAGGAAACAUAAAGGGCACUGGAAGGGCCGUGUGGUGGAAAUACAAGGCAAUGAUGUGACAGUGGGCAUAACACCUGACACCGGCUGCAUCAUUGGCCGCUUCCGCACCUAUGUAGCAUUAAUCACUGAUUUGGGAAAACAGCACACUCAGAGGAACCCCGACACGGAUUUCUAUGUGCUGUUCAAUCCUUGGGACCCCGCGGAUCAAGUGUACGUGGACAAAGAGGAAGACAGGCAGGAGUAUGUGAUGAAUGAUGUGGGGAUCAUCUACAAUGGAGAAUUCAACAACAUAAGUUACCGUUCAUGGAACUUUGGGCAGUUUGAAGAGGGGGUUCUGGAUGCCUGCCUUAUGCUAAUGGAUGCUGGCAAAGUACCACUUAUGUUCAGAGGAAAUGCCACUGAAGUAGUUCGGCAAGGAUCAGCUCUGCUGAACGCCCAAGAUGAUGAUGGUCUUUUGGUUGGCAACUGGAGUGGUGACUACUCCAGCGGCACAGCACCCACUGCCUGGACCGGAAGCCCUGAAAUCCUGCUCAAAUAUGUCAAGGAAGGCUGUGAGCCUGUGUGCUUUGCUCAGUGCUGGGUGUUUGCUGGCGUGCUGAACACUUUAAUGCGUUGUCUUGGGAUCCCUUCACGGAUCAUCACCAAUUUCCUCUCUGCUCAUGACAACACGGGCAACCUGAAGACAGACAUUGUGCUGGAUGAUGAUGGGAAAGUGGACCGAAGCCAAACAAAAGAUUCAAUCUGGAACUACCACUGCUGGAAUGAGGUGUACAUGAAGAGGCUUGAUCUGCCUGAAAAAUACUCUGGGUGGCAGGUGGUCGACAGCACCCCUCAGGAGACCAGUGAUGGUCUUCAUCGAUGCGGCCCAACAUCUGUCAGUGCCAUCAAAGAGGGAGAGCUCAGCUUUCCAUUCGAUGCAAAGUUUGUCUUUGCAGAGGUGAACAGUGAUGUGGUAUACCAUAAGUCUGAUAAGUAUGGAAAAAUGAGUAUUAUCUAUGUAGACUCUUCAUAUAUGGGAAAGGCCCUUGUGACUAAAAAGAAAGGCAGUAUCAAAUAUGAGGACAUCACGUCUACCUAUAAAUACCCAGAAGGAAGUCUCAAGGAGAGAGAGACCAUGCAGAUGGCAGUGAGUCGUGGAGUUCCAACCAAGGACUACUUGCCACUCACUGAAGCAGGUGUGGACUUCGAGCUCCAGGCUGACACCAUCAAAAUGGGUGACAACCUCAAGCUGACGCUGAACAUUAAGAACCAUACCAGCCAAACCUGCACCCUCAGUGCCAUCAUAACUGGCUGUGUGGUGUACUACACAGGGGUCACUAGUACAGCUUUUAAACAUGAAAACAUGUCUACAACUGUGGAAGCCUCAAAGACUGAGUCCCUUACAAUAGAUGUCAAAGCUUUGGAGUACAUGCCCCACCUUGUGGAACAGUCCAACCUGCUCUUCAUGGUGUAUGGGCACGUUGAGGAAAAUGACGCAUCCAUUUCCACAAUGAGAGUUGUCACUCUUAGUCCUCCUGAACUCGCAAUAAAGAUGACUGCAUCUCCCCGGGUGGGCAAGGAAGUCAUUGUCAGUGUGGAUUUCCAGAAUCCCUAUGAUUUCAUCCUGAAAAACGUUCAGCUCCGCAUUGAUGGACCUGGUCUGAUACCGACCAAAUUGAAACAUUACAGCCGGAUAUUACCUGGUGCCUCAGUAAAAUAUAAAGUGUCAUUUUUCCCUCUGUCUCUGGGGAAGAAGGUGCUGAUGGCGUGUCUAGACUGCCCUCUACUGAGACAGGUCACCAAUCAGAUUGAAUUUGAAGUAGUGCAAGACUAGAGUGACACUGGGAACAAGACAGAGAAAAGAGGAACCGGAGAGGAAACGCAAUUGAAGAGUUUCCUUUACCAUUGCUUUGCUUUGAUUCACUAAGCAAAUAUGUUUUUACCAAUAAUUAAAUAAUUAAAUGUUACAUAUCAAAUUGCUCCUGAUUACCCAACUGAAUUUAAAAGAAAAGUUCGUUCACAAAUUAUGCAGACUCUCUUAUGACUUUCUUUGUUCUGUGCAACACAGCAGACAUUUUGACAAACCGAACAGAAAUGUUUACAGGUUUGGAAAGCAUUAGGGUGAGUAAAUGACAAAAUGUUCAUUUUUGGCAGAACUAUCCCUUUAAAUCAACAAGUGUGAGAACUAUAAUAAAUAAUUGAAUCUUA